CGGGCGGGGCUUAGCGGCGCAUACUGCGUCGGGGGCGGGGCCGCUGCCAGCCAAGAUGGAGGCGAACGUAUUCCGCUUCCGCGAUGCCCGAGCCGCUCCGGAUCCCGUGCUGGAGGCCGGGCCGGUGGCGUUCGGCCCUGGCCCGGUGCCGCUGGUGCUGGACAACGGGUCGUUCCAGACCCGCGCCGGAUGGGCGUGCCCCGGGCCGAACCCGGGCCCCGAGCCGCGCCUGCAGUUCCGCGCCGUGUGCGCCCGUGGCCGCGGUGGGGCGCGCGGCGGGCCGGGCCCGCAGGUUGGCAAUGCGCUGGGCAGCCUGGAGCCGCUGCGCUGGAUGCUGCGCUCGCCCUUCGACCGCAACGUGCCGGUCAACCUGGAGCUACAGGAGCUGCUGCUGGACUACAGCUUCCAGCACCUGGGGGUGUCGUCGCAGGGCUGUGUUGAUCAUCCCAUAGUUUUGACAGAAGCUGUUUGCAACCCACUCUAUACCCGCCAGAUGAUGUCGGAGCUCCUUUUUGAAUGCUACAGGAUCCCGAAGGUUGCCUAUGGGGUAGACAGCCUGUUCAGCUUCUACCACAACAUGCCCAAGAACGCCCUUUCCAGUGGGCUCAUCAUUUCAUCUGGCUACCAGUGUACGCACAUUUUGCCUGUCUUGGAAGGAAGGCUAGAUGCCAAAAACUGUAAGCGCAUCAAUCUCGGAGGAAGCCAGGCAGCUGGCUACCUCCAGCGGCUCCUCCAGCUGAAGUACCCAGGGCAUCUGGCAGCCAUCACUCUUAGCCGCAUGGAGGAGAUCCUGCAGGAGCACAGCUACAUUGCUGAGGACUACGGGGCAGAACUGCAGAAGUGGCGGUGUCCUGAUUACUAUGAGAACCACGUCCACAAGAUGCAGCUCCCGUUCUCAAGCAAGCUGCUGGGCAGCACACUGUCGGCUGAGGAGCGGCAGGAGCGGAGGCAGCAGCAGCUGCGGCGGCUGCAGGAACUCAACGCCCGGCGGCGGGAGGAGAAGCUGCAGCUGGACCAGGAGCGGCUGGAGCGGCUGCUCUACGUGCAGGAACUCCUAGAGGACGGCCAGAUGGACCAGUUCCACAAAGCUCUGAUAGAGCUCAACAUGGACUCUCCAGAAGAGCUGCAGUCCUACAUACAGAAGCUCACCUCUGCUGUGGAGCAGGCGAAGCAGAAAAUCCUCCAGGCCGAAGCCAGCCUCGAGGUGGAUGUGGUGGACAGCAAGCCAGAGACCCCUGAUCUGGAGCCCCUGGAGCCGUCCCUGGAGGACGUGGAGAGCAUUAAUGAUUUCGAGCCCUUGUUCUCAGAGGAGGCACCUGAAGUGGAGAAGCCAGUCACCACUGUCCAGCCCGUGUUUAACUUGGCAGCAUAUCAUCAGCUGUUUGUUGGAACAGAAAGGAUUCGAGCUCCAGAGAUUAUUUUCCAGCCAUCUCUCAUAGGAGAAGAGCAGGCGGGAGUUGCAGAGACUCUUCAGUAUGUCCUGGACAGGUACCCAAAGGAUGUUCAGAACACCCUGGUCCAAAACAUCUUCCUCACUGGUGGAAAUGUGAUGUACCCAGGCAUGAAGGCCCGAAUGGAGAAGGAGCUGCUGGAGAUGAGGCCCUUUCAGUCCUCAUUCCGGGUUCAGCUUGCCUCAAACCCCAUGCUGGACGCCUGGUACGGUGCCCGUGACUGGGCCUUGGACCAUCUGGAAGACAGUGGAGCCUGGGUCACCAAGAAGGACUACGAGGAAAAGGGAGGCGAGUACCUCAAAGAGCACUGUGCCUCCAACAUCUAUGUUCCCAUCCGCUUGCCCAAGCAGGCCUCACGUUCCUCAGAGGCCCAGGCAUCCGGCAGAGGCUCAGGGGCCAGUGGAAGUGGCACUGGUGAACAAGCCUAGCAGAGGUGCCUGGGAGACGGCCCUGCACUCCACCCUUGUUGCCUAGGCAGCAGCACAGGACAAGAACACGCUGCAUGUCACAGCCAGAGGCCAGCAGCCGUGUUUGGCUGCAGACUGCAUUUCUCCAGGAAGAAUAGGAAGGCAGCAGGAUUUCUGCUUCAGGAAGGGCAGAGUGGCCUCUGGAGUGGAGAACCUUGGGUGAGCUGUGGCGCUGGCUUCCUCCACAGUUAAGGAAGACAAGUGGAGGCCAGAGGUAGACAGAAAACAUUCUCUUUGCACUUGAAAGCCUUUUGUUGUUGUUGUUGUUCUAAAAAACACUUGCCAGGCAUGCCCAUGCCUUUACUCCUAGCAUUCAGGAGGCCAUGGCAGGUGGAUCUCUGUGAGAUCACGGCCAGCCUGGUCUAUGUAGUGAGUUCCAGGACAGCUGGGGCUACAGAGAGA